GAUGGCGUCUGACGGUGAAGACGUUAUUGCAGUCGUCACAGUUCAAUGUUCUUAAUUUGUGCCUCCAUGUACACAUAUAUGUCCUUUAUUAGACUCUAGUAAAUAGAGUAAACAUCGUUAAUAACUGUUUGCAUCUGGUUAUAUUAGUCUGAGCGCACUUUGAUGCUUCUCGAGCUAGCUUAGCCUGCUAGUUAGUUUAGCUUGUUAGCUGCUAACAAAGAGAGGCGGAAGUGAUCAAAACACAUCACUAAGUAGAGAUCAAGUGUGAGUGUAAAGUGUUGUGAUUGUGUGAAAAUGUGCCAAAGAACCAUAGCAGAGUACGAGGAGGAACUUUGUCCAACAAAAGAGGAGAAGGAGCGACAACAUGAAAAACAUCAAGUUGUGUUGCACAGAACAGACAUCCAUCAGCUGAUUGGACACCAAGAAGAAUGUCUCCCUCAUCUGCAGGGGGACAGUUUCACUGUAAAGUAUCCACAGCCCUCACAUUUUAAAGGGGACAAGGAGUAUCCACAGCCCCCCUAUUUCAAAGAGGAAGAGGGGGGAGAGUGUCCUGUAGGGCAGGAGGAGGCUGAUGUCAGCAAGUUUCCACUGACUGUUGUCUCUGUGAAGACUGAAGAGCAUGAAGACAAACCACCUGAGUCCUCACAGCUUCAUCACAGUCCAAACAUCUGUGAAGAACAUCUUGACCCUGAGCAACAGAAGUGGAGCUUCAGGAUGCGAACGGAGGAGCCACAGCCCUUCCACAUUAAGAAGGAAGAGGAAUACCUACAGACCCCCAUUUUUAAAGAGGAAGAGGAGGACCCACAGACACCCCAUUUUAAAAAGGAAGUGGUGGAUCCACUGACACCCCAUUUUAAAAAGGAAGCGGUGGAUCCACUGAGCCCUCACAUUAAAGAGGAAGAGGAAGAACACAGCAUCAAUCAGCAGGGAGAGCAUCUUGAAGGACUGGAGGAGGUUGAUGUCACCAAGAUGCCAGUGACUGGUGUCCCUGUGAAGAGUGAAGAUGAUGAGGUGAAAGGUGAAAGUGAGGAGAGGGGAGGGGGGGAGCCUCCAAGCAGCAGCUCAACACAACACAUGACAACAGAAGCUGAUGGAGACCACUGUGGAGGAUCACAAGCAGACAAGCUCUUAGCUCCACUAUCAGAUAGUGAGGACACAACGUCACACUCUCCUGACACUGAUGAUGAAGACUCUAAAGAUGAUAAGACAUGUCACACUGACAACACUCACUUCACAUCUUCUCACUCUCACAAAACAUUUAAAUCUCCUAGUAAGUUGAAAAGACACAUGAGAACACACACUGGAGGAAAACCUUUUUCAUGUUCAAUCUGCGGUAAAGAUUUUAUUCAGAGGUACGAUUUGAAAAGACACAUGAGAACACACACUGGAGAAAAACCUUUUUCAUGUUCAAUCUGCGGUAACGAUUUUAUUCAUAGGCAACAUUUGAAUACACACAAGACAAUUCACUGGAGAAAAACCUUUUACUUGCUCAGAAUGCUGUAAAAGAUUUGCGCGAAAAGCAGAGUUAAAAAGACACAUGAGAAUACACACUGGAGAAAAACCAUUCAUGUGCCCAAUUUGUGGCAAAGGAUUCUCCCAGAAGGGACAGUUGGUAAACCACACAAAAACACACACUGGAGAAAAACCUUUUUCAUGUUCAUCUGUAGUAAAGGAUUUACUCAAAGGCACCUUUUCAAAGCACACAUUAGAAGACACACAGGAGAAAAACCUUUUUCAUGUUCAAUGUGUGGUAAAGCUUUUACUCGAAGUGACCAUUUCAAAGCACACAUGAGAAUACACACUGGAGAAAAAACGUUUUUAUGUUCAAUCUGCGGUAAAGAUUUUACUCGAAGGGACCAUUUCAAAGCACAUAUGAGAAUACACAAUGAAUAAAAAACCUUUUUCUUGUUAAGAA